UCUUCUCAGAAAAUGUCACAAAAUAGUUAUUCGUCUCAAAGAAAAUGUUCUUGUGGUUUGGUGGUCAAAACACUGAUUUCGAGUACUACAUCUAAUCCGGGAAGAAGGUUUUUCCAAUGUCCUCGUCCGGAUUUUUCUUCAUGUGGAUAUUGGGAAUGGGAAGACCAAGCUUUUCCUGAAGUAGCUUACCUACGUAAUUUAGAGUCGUCAUUGAAAGAUGUCAAGAUGGAAAUGGAUAAUUCGAAGAUUGAAGUGGAGAAUUUGAAGAUUGAAAUGGAGAACUUGAAGAUUGUUGUGGAAAAUUUGAAGAUAAAGGUAGGUCAUUUGUCGAAAACAAUUGCUACAUUGGAGGCAUCGAAUGAUUUGGUAGUGGAAAAAGUUAGGAUAUUUCAAGACAAAUAUCACAAGAUAAAGUACAAAGUUAUGAUUUCAUGUUUUCUUUUUGUUGGAUUUCUAGUUGCAUUAACGACUAAGUGACUUCCUUUGUUAGUGUUUACUUUCAGCAUUAGUUGUUAGUGUUUAGUGAAUUCAGUUGUUAGUGUCUUUUGUGAUGUUGGUUCCCUUUUUGUUCUUCAUUUUGGUGUUGUAAUAGAAGGACCUUUUUAUUCUUCAUUUUGGUGUUGUAAUGGAAGGACAUAUGCAUUGAUAUAAUAUGAAGUAAUGUUUAGUAGUUGAA